GUGUCUAAGCACGUCGCGAGCACGUACGCCUACUGCUUCUGCCGCAUGAUCGACCUGCUCAUGCACCCCGACAUGCUCUAUUCGAUUGCUGCUUUCCUUCCCCAGCUCGCUUGUCAGCAGGCUACCUACUUGCGUCGUCAGAGCGCCGCUCAGAAGGCGGCAGGGUGGGAGCAGUGGGUCAAGAGGCAUUCUGCCAAUGGCGCUGCUGCUCUCUUUCGCUACGCUCGCCUGCCAGAUCCCUGGCAGACUUCCUCUAGUGUGCAGCUCGCGCCCGCCAGCAGCAUGCAGGAGAUUCAAGUCCUGGAGGCCGAGCGGAAGAAGUGGGCCCUGAGGACGUUCCCUGUGGGGACUGGUUGUGGUUUCGACCAGCUGCCGCCACGGCAGCUGUUGUGCCUCCCUGACGAAGCGCUCGAGAUCUGUUGCCAGUUGAUCUCCUGCACAGAGCACAAGGAGAGCUGUUCUACAGAAAUGGCAGACAACUAUAUAUACUUAUGGUGGGCCAUUCGUGGAAAAUCGUCGGAGCUGUCGGUCUGGCUUCAAGCGGGCUGGGCUGAGUUUCAUUCGGACUCGGGCAGUGACUCGGCGACCCUUCUUGUCGACCUCAAGAAGGCUUUCGUGCUCGUUCGGCACGAGCACCUCACAUCUGCAGCUGUCCGAACGUCGUUUCCGCUCUGGCAGCUUAAGUUGCUUGUGCUAGCAUUUCGCGCUCCCAGGGUGAUAGAGUUGCAGGGGCCCUGCAGCGAACCCAUCAAGGUCGACCAGACCAUUGCACCUGGCUGCCUGUUCUCCACCUGCCUCCUUCAGCUCCUGCUGAUCGGGCCUUUAGACGAGGCUAGGAAGGAGUAUCCCACGGUGCCCAUCGCUGUUUGUGUUGAUGACAUUUGUUUGCAGGGAUGUGGAACCGCUAGCAGGGUUAUCAGCGAGGUCACGGGGGCUGGGGCUACGCUUAAGCACGAGCUGACGAAGGUAGACCUCAUCAUUGCCCUUGGCAAACCCAGGGUGCUUGCGAGCACCCCAGAUACCCAGCGCCGUUUACAGCGCAGGCUUAUUUCCGUCAAGGCGCUUGGAGCGCACUCUGAGCGCAAUCUCGGCGUUGACUACUCUGCUGGGCGAGCUACUAAGAGACGGACGCGUGGAGCACGCAUACCUGUGGCUAAAGCUAAGCUCAAGCGUUUGAUGCACCUGCAGGGCGCGCAUGCACGCAAGAAAACAUUGCAGCACAUGGCGCGCGCGUCCAUCGAGACCACUGUCACGUUCGGCACGGCUGUACAGGGCACGAGCAUGAGCGAGCUUGAUACACUACGUACUAUGGUUGCAGCGCCACUUGGGGCUAAAGCCGCUGGGAGAUCACGCACGCUUGCCCUGUUGAUGACCCCCAGCCCGGAGUUCGACCCUAUUUACCGUGCCACGCUGGCGCCCGUCAAGGCCUUCACGCACGUCCUCUGGAGGGCCCUGAUGCUGAUCAGCACGCUGCAAAAGGGGCUUGCUGCUGCUGCUGCCAGGUUGGGCUCCCGCAGUUCCCCGCGGCAGGCCAUUAAGGGGCCCUUCUCGGCACUUUGGGCCUCUUUAAAGCGUGCGGGUGUUGAUGCCAGCGAUACGCGGGCUUGGGUCUGCCCGAGUGGCCAGGUCAUCGACCCCGCCCAGCUCUGCCCCAGGUCCGUACAGGUGCUGAUCGAGAGGGCCAUUGUCGCCUGGCAGAUGCAGAAGGUCUCAGAGCAUUUCGAGGUGCCUGAGUUUCUUGGGGGAGUCUGGAUCGAGCCUCCCAGGGCGCUCUGCAAUUCCAUGAUCCUGUCGGCCCAGGAGGCGGCCUGCUUGCGUUCGGUCGUCAUUGGUGCCCAGUGGACGCAGGCCAGGCAGCACGAGCAAGGCUGGAUCCAG